CCACCUCCCACUUCUCCCUCAAUCCAACACGUCAGCAGCUAAGCAAUUCUCCAUUUGCUUAUGUUCAAUGUACAUUGAAUCAACGUCCCGUUAUUAACCCCCACCUCCCAGCUUUUCCGUCCGAUCUGAUUACCGCUCUCGGCAUCGUGUGCUGGUUCACCUCGUGCUUGUGUUGAGCGAUGGUAUACAGAGGCAAGCCCAGCCCUGGCUGCGCCCUGUGUAGGGCCAGAAGACUAUUGUGCGAUCGGCGUCGACCUUCGUGCUCCCAGUGUCUGCGGGCGAAGCGCGAGUGCUCAGGAUACCAAGACCUGCAAGCACUCCGCAUCCAUGACCAAAGUCAAGAAAUUGUUGCCAAGGCUCAAGCCCAGGUCCGCCGUAACCUACGAAAAUCUCCAAAGACCUCUUCGCCAGUCCAAUCAGAGACACUCUUUGUGCCUAUUCCCGCUUCUAUACCAGCUUCAAUGGAUGAGCGGGCUAUAUCUUACAUGUUCAAGAUUUUUAUGGGCACUAAGCAAAGCCGUGGCGUGCUCGCAUUUAUGCCAAAUCUAAUAGGCCAGGACCCUUCCCCUGCGCUCCAAGCCACGAUCAAAGCCGUAGGGAUGGCUGGCAUGUCGAGGGUUCACUCGCUGCCGAAGAUGCAAUACUCUGCGGCGGUACAGUAUAGUAACGCUUUACUUGCGACAAAUCGUGCGUUGCAAGAUAGCAAAGUGGCUAGAUCAGAUUCUACACUAGCAGCCGUUGUGCUGCUUAGCACGUAUGAGAUGAUCACAUGCCAAGAAGCAGCUAAUGGUAAUAAUUUCAUGAGCGGCUGGUCUAAACAUGUUCGGGGGGCGACCAAGCUCCUUGAACUACGAGGCGAAGAGCAAAUGGGAUCCCACAGUGGCCUGGCCUUGUUCAGCGUUGUUCGUAUGCAGAUUGUAUUCAACAGCAUAUUCACCCGAGAGCGAAUCUCACUGGAGCUCAAAGCUCUAUCCCGAGAGGCAAAAACCUAUCGCAAUACCGAGUCAAAGUCAAUCGAAGAUUUCUACAACAUCGUAUGCCAAUUAGCGGAUCUCUCUAUUGAAAGCGACAAGGUCUUCACAAACGCAUAUUCUUCCACAGAUUCAGUCUCCAUAAUCAAAGCUGCACUCCACCUCGACGCAGAUUUGAUAUCAUGGGCUCUAUCGGUAGAUCCUACAUGGCGGUACAAAUCCACCGAAACACCCGUUUUCAACAAGACAAACGAUCACCAACAAUACCCCCUCUACUAUGGCAACAGGUACCACGUCUACCCUAACAUCGAACUCGCCUCGAUGUGGACAUAUUAUUAUCAAACACGCAUCAUCGUACACGGAAUUAUUCAAGCCACCUGCAGACAACUACUAGAGGCAGAUACCGCACACAGCUGCCAACACACUCUCAACCAGUCCAUUGCAAUCAGCAAACAAAUGGUAGACGAUAUUUGUGCCAGCGUACCCAUUUAUUUCACUUCGGGCGAGACAGGCCUUGGUGGAACGAUGCGGUUGUCAUGGCCGUUGUUCGUUGCGGCAGAUUGUGCGGUCACCACGCCCGAGGAAAAGAACUGGCUUCUACAGACGUUGGAGAAAAUCGGGCAAAUUACUGGCUCUCAACAAGCUCUUACAAUGUCGGAUUUUCUCAAAAAGGGAUAUGCAGUCCCGUUUAUUCCUGGAAAUAUAAUGAGAAGGAGAUGAUGGGUCUUUCUUCGUGGUGAUUUAGAUUAACCUCUGAGAUUUUUAUUAAAUGGCAAU